GUGGGACCUGCCCUGCCUGCAGCCCUCCUCUCUAGUCCAGGUCCAGUUUGUGUUAUCUGAUUAUUUGAUUAUUAUUUUUUGUAUAUUUGGGGGUGUGGUGGUGGGCUGAGCACUGGUGCCCCCGAGCAGGUGAGGAGGUUAGCAGAUUACCCUGGGCAGGUAACACACACAGUCUGUUCUGCAGUAUCUCCAGGGCUUUGCAGGCUGCACGUCCUAGCAUACCUCCUCUUGUGCUUUUUGUUUGGAGGUUCCCACCAGUCUGGUCUCUGUUUGGAGACAUUUCAGAGAAGAUAGAGCCCAGCAGAGCGCAUGGAACGUUCAGCUCCCCUUGUUCUCCUGGACAGCUCACCUCAUCAUCUACUCUCUGUGGAUAGUUAACAAGUGUACCUGUGUUGUUUGGGGUGGGGGGGCUGGAUAUUCUUCAUUCUGGUGGUAGUUUCCAGGAACAAUCUUCUUAAGACUCCAAUGACCAUGUUCCAGCCAGCGGGAAAACGCUGCUUUACCAUUGAAUCUUUGGUGGCCAAGGACAAUCACUUGACUUCAGAAGAACCCAUCCGACCCACAGCCUUGAGCUACCCCAGCUCUACCGCAGACGCCUUUGUCAAUGGCUUCCCCAGCCCGGCUGGUAGGUCCAUCUACAACAACCCCGAGCUGGUCUUCCCCGAGGCGGUCAACCACCCGUCACUGACUGUCCACCCUCACCAGCUGGGGGCGUCCCACCUCCAGCACCCUCACUCCUUCUUUGGACCCCAGCACAGAGACCCCCUCAACUUCUAUCCAUGGGUGCUAAGGAACAGGUUCUUCGGCCACCGAUUCCAAGGUAACCUUCCUACCAGGGUGAACUGAGGGCCACCGGGACCGUCUUACCAGGUGGUGAUGUCUGGGGACACCUGGGUUAGAUCUUCUCGCUAAACAGUGAAUUGUGUAGAUAUGACAAGGUGCUGGUGGUAUUGGGUCCUAAAUAGCCAACUUGGGUCAAGAUAAACCUCCCACUUGGAAAUGAUGGCCCCAAUUUUGCAACUCGGGGGCCAUCUCGCCAGAAACGAAUGUUCUAUGAUAGUAUAGACACUAAACACACAAUUAUCAGGUUAGGUUUAUUACGAGGUAUAAUCAUCUAUACAAUACAGGCCUAUCACCAAGGGUAUAAUACCCAAGAACUCUCUGUCUUCACUUAGAUAACAAUUAUGAAAAUCACUAUAAUAAUCAGUUAAUUACUGGUGUCAACCAACUGUACUAGACAGAAAAUUCGGCAAAACAGCUCACACUAUUAGUGGAAUAGAGAUCUGUUUAUACAUUUACUUUCACCUCCUCAAUUUAUUUAGACAUAUGUGAGCGUGUUUACAUUUUAAUUAACAUUUGUCAUAUAAUGUUAAUUUAUUUUAUUUAUAUGUACAUAUAUUUACAUAUAUGUAAAACUAACAUUUUGUAUAUAUAUAUAUAUAUUAACAAAAUGUUAUAUAUAAAAAUAUAAAAAUUAUAUAUACAAAUAAAUAAAAAUUAAAUAUAUAUAUAUCAUUUUGAUAUUUUUAUACAUAACAUUUUGUUUAUAUAAAUAUAAUUCUUAUCUCGUGUGCAUUUACACUUAUAUACCUAUCGAAUAAAAAUGGAGGUGCACUGAUUUAUCGUUUUAAUGAUAAUGAUCGCAUCGUUGACACAUAUUUCACACACAUUAUCUUGCAGUGUCUUAUUCGGUUAGAUCGUUUUGCCAGGAAGCACCUGUCCCUGCUCUGUGUUGUGUCAUGUUGUUACCGUUCAAAUUAAGUUACAUACCUGGGUUUGAGUGUAGAGGGUCAAAUGGUAAAAAAUAAAAAAAUUAAAAAUCUUAAAUAUUUAAUUAGAAUCUGCAAUAAGAUUUCUUUGACUAUUUAAUAACCAAUACACGAAUCAUAACAAAAAAAAUAAUAAAAUAAAUGCAUGAUUUUUAGUAGAAUAACAUUGAGACGAAUUACAUUAUUUUAAAGGUUUUAUGACAGAGUUAGAGACUGAUUGAAUUAGUUGAUUUACCCCCAAAAGAGAGUUUGUAUUCAGGGUAACAGAUUUUGUUAAGCACGGUUAUCAAACAAUGUUUUCCACCCAGAAAUUAUGAAGGGGAUUUUAACAGCGAGAUUUUCGUUGUGAUUAUUAGUUUUUUUGUUUAUUUUGGUCAGAAGGGGGUUAGAAAUCUUUAUUUUACAAACUGAUUUGAGAUUUCUUUUUUGUUAGUCAGUGUAAAUGAUUGUUGGACUAAGAGGGUGUUUUAGCUCUGUCAGUCAAAGUGUUUUAUAGUUCUGUCAGUGAAAGAGUGUUUUAGCUCUGUCACCGUAAGUGUUAUAUAGCUCUGUCUGUGAGAGUGUUUUAGCUCUGUCUGUGUAAGUGUUUAGCGCUAAAGUGUUUUAGCUCUGUCUGUGUAAGUGUUUUAGCUCUGUCUGUGUAAUAGUGUUUAGUUCUGUCAGUGAGAGUGUUUUAGCUCUGUCUGUGUGAGUGUUUAGCGCUAAAGUGUUUUAGCUCUGUCUGUGUAAGAGUGUUUUAGCUCUGUUUGUGUAAGAGUGUUUAGCUCUGUCUGUGUGAGAGUGUUUCGCUCUGUCUGUGUGAGAGUGUUUUAGCUCUGUCUGUGUAAGAGUGUUUCGCUCUGUCUGUGUGAGAGUGUUUUAGCUCUGUCUGUGUAAGAGUGUUUUAGCUCUGUCUGUGUGAGAGUGUUUAGCGCUAUCUGUGAGAGUGUUUUAGCUCUGUCUGUGUGAGAGUGUUUAGCUAUGUCUGUGUAAGAGUGUUUUAGCUCUGUCUGUGUGAGAGUGUUUAGCUUUGUCAGUGAGAGUGUUUUUUUAACUCUGUCAUUGAAAAAAUGUUUUAGCUCUGUCUGUGUAAGAGUGUUUUAGCUCUGUCUGUGUAAGAGUGUUUAGCUCUGUCUGUGUGAGAGUGUUUAGCUUUGUCUGUUAGAGUUUUUUUAGCUCUUUCAGUGAAAGAGUGUUUUAGCUCUGUCAGUGUGAGCCGUUUAGCUCUCUCAGUGAGAGUGUUUUAAAGCUCUGUCAGUGACACAUUUUUGUCCGAAUCAGUGUGAAAGGAAAUUUUGACAGAGGGAGUGUGAAUGUUAGUGUCAAAUAUUUUAUGGAAUGAUAUCCGAUAGAUUCAGUGAUAGGGUGAUCAUAUUCAGUGGCAAAAUGAUCUGUGUCAGUAAAAGUGUGAUCUGUGUUAGUCAGUGAGUGUCAGUUAGAGUGUGUGUGAUCUGUGUCAGUCAGUGAGUGGUGUCAGUGACAGAGUGUGAUCUGUGUCAGUGAGUGUCAGUGAGAGAGUGUGAUCUGUGUCAGUCAGUGAGUGUCAGUGAGAGUGUGAUCUGUUUCAGUCAGUGAGUGUCAGUGAGAGAGUGGGAUCUGUGUCAGUGAGUGUGUGAUCUGUCAGUCAGUGAGUGUCAGUGAGUGUCAGUGAGAGUGUGAUCUGUCAGUCAGUGAGUGUCAGUGAGAGAGUGUGAUCUGUGUCAGUCAGUGAGUGUUAGUGAGAGAGUGGGAUCUGUGUCAGUGACUGUCAGUGAGAGUGUGAUCUGUCAGUCAGUGAGUGUCAGUGAGAGUGUGAUCUGUGUCAGUCAGUGAGUGUUAGUGAGAGAGUGGGAUCUAUGUCAGUGACUGUCAGUGAGAGUGUGAUCUGUCAGUCAGUGAGUGUCAGUGAGAGAGUGUGAUCUGUGUCAAUGACUGUCAGUGAGAGAGUGGGAUCUGUGUCAGUGAGUGAGUGUCAGUGAGAGAGUGUGAUCUGUGUCAGUGAGUGAGUGUCAGUGAGAGAGUGUGAUCUGUGUCAGUGAGUGAGUGUCAGUGAGAGAGUGUGAUCUGUGUCAGUCAGUGAGUGUCAGUGAGAGAGUGGGAUCUGUGUCAGUGAGUGUCAGUGAGAGAGUGGGACCUCUGUCAGUGAGUAAGUGCCAGUGAGAGAGUGGGAUCUGUGUCAGUCAGUGAGUGUUAGUGAGACAGGAGCAUCAUUCAUUUUAUUUUUUAAGGGAGAUAGAUAUGUUUUUGCAGUAGUUAUGGUUAAGAGCUGUAUUUUAAUUAAGGGAAUGUGAGGAUUUAGUGUUUAAUAACACAGACUGACAGCAGAUAUCAGGAAGCUUACAGGACCCUCCCCCCCCCCCCCCCCCCCUUUCCACCCCAACUCAUUACAGGGUUAUGGAUGUAAAUCCAGAGCAGGCUUUCACUGGGACCACUAUAGCAGAGAGAUGGAUCAUCAAAGCUGCCAUUGUUCCUGGGGAGAGAAAGCAGCUUGUUUUAUCUGCAGGGAUGGAAGUUGCCCCAUUGCCCCAGGCUGUGUGAUUCCCCAGCAUGGCUCCUGGCAGAUAGCUGGAUUAGUGGUCACAUACAGCCAGGAUUACACCAUCCAUACAUUAUCCCAGAGAGGUUGUGGUAUCACUAGUGGGGAAAAGUGCACAGACUGUGUGAGAGUGAACAUUUACACACAGUCUGCCUUCACUGAUAUUAUAUAUAGUAUUAGAUAUCACUAAUAUUACUUUAUAUCACUAAUAAUAUUAUAUAUCACUAAUAUUAUUAAUCCCUAAUAUUAAUAUUAAUAGUAUUAUACAUUACUAAUAUUACUAUAUAUCACUAAUAUUACUUUAUAUCACUAAUAGUAUUAUAUAUCACCAAUAUUACUUUAUAUCGCUAAUAGUAUUAUAUAUCACUAAUAUUACUUUAUAUCGCUUAUAGUGUUAUAUAUCACUAAUAUUACUUUAUAUCACUAAUAGUAUUAUAUAUAGCUAAUAUUAUUUUAUAGCACUAAUAGUAUUAUAUAUCACUAAUAUUACUAAUAUCACUAAGUAUGUCCUGGGUCCACAAAACAUUGUAUUGUUACAAUAGGAUACAAUAUUACAAAAAAAGACAAUAUACAAACAAUAUAUAUUAUACAUACACACAUAUAUAAAUAUUUAACAUAAAACAGGCAAUAAAUAUAUUCAACCAUGCCAGGUGCAUUCUGUGCUGAGGCAUAUUGCCAUAGAUAUCUGAAAAGAGUUUAGAUUAAAUGAAGAUUUGACUGUGUCCCUGAGGUUAUUCCAUAAUUGCAGUGCUCUGUAGGAAAAUGAGAAUUGAGCCACUUUAUUUCUGUAUUGCAGUAUGCUAAAUAUUGUGCUAGUACUGGAUCGGAGGUUAUAUAUCACUAUUAAUAGUAUUAUAUAUCAGUAAUAAUAUUAUAUUUCACUAAUAGUAUUAUAUAUCACUUAUAUUACUUUAUAUCACUAAUAUUACUAUGCAUCACUAAUAGCACUAUAUAGAACUUAUAUUACUAUAUAUAUAUGACUAAUAUUAUUAUAUAUCAGUAAUAAUAUUACUAAUAGUAAUAUAUAUUGCUGAUAGUAUUACAUAUCACUAAAAUUACCAUAUAUACCUGUAUAUAUCGUUAAUAGUAUUAUAUAUCACUAAUAUUACCAUGUAUCACUAAUAGCAUUAUAUAUUACUUAUAUUACAAUAUAAAUCACUAAUAGUAUUAGAUAUUACUAAUAUCACUAUAUAUAUCACUAAUAGUAUUAAAUAUCAGUAAUAGUAUUAUAUAUCGCUGAUAGUAUUAUAUAUCACUAAUAUUACUAUAUACCACCUGAAUGUAUCGCUGACUAUAUAUAUAUCAUUAUACCUCUUUCUCUGACUCUCUCUUUCUCUGUCUCUCACUCUCGCUCUGUCUCACUUUUCCUCUCUGUCUGUCUCUCUUCCACUCUCUCUGAGAUGAAAUAGUUUGAUUGAAAGCAGCUAUAGACACUGAUGAUAUUUUAGGCAACAUGAACUGUUAUUUGGCUCUCAAAAACCCUCUGUCUCUCUUUCUGUCUGUCUCUCUGGAUCUAUAUGUAUGUCUCUCUCUCCUGUCUAACUUUUUUUUUAGCUAUGUGUGUCUGUCUUUCUUAUUGUAAGUACGUCUGUCUCCUUGGAUCUCUGUCUGUUCCUUUGGCCCUCUUUCUGUCUGUCUCUCUUUCUGUCUGUCUCUCUUGGUUUCUGUCUGUCUGCCAAUUUGCUAGCCUUAUUUCUCUCUGGCUGCUAUCAGUGUUUAGUUUGUUUUUUGUUGUUGGUGUUGUUAGUAUUAUAAUCAUUCAUAAAGCACCGAUAUAUUCCGCAGUGAUUUACAAUUAAGGGAAGGGUAUAUUAGUGGCAAAGAGAGCUCUAAUCAAUUGAGAUUACAAUCUGUGUGAUUAUGUUUCUCCCUGUCUGUCUUUGGUUGUCUAUCUCCGUCUCUGGCAUGCUACCUCGUUAUGGCACUCAGUCACUGUCUCUGUAUUUGGACACUGUCUGUCACUCUUGCUCUGUAGCUCUCCUCUCUGUGACCAUCUAUAUCUUAUCUUGUGUAUUUUUAAGUAUAUUCACACAUACAGGGCCAAGUGUAUUGACCAAUUAUUAUUCUCACGUUCAACACAAUAUUGGAAUGCACUCAGCAACAAUGUUGUAAAAAUGAUUGAUAUUAAAUAUUAUAUGUAAAAUUAUUGAAUAUUAAGUAAGUGCACAGUCCACUGCAUGACCCAGAGAGUGAAUACUCAGUCGUACUCUAUACACAGUGCAAUGUAUGUUUCAGAAAUUGAAUACUCAGUCAUACUCUAUACACAGUGCACUGCAUGGCCCAAAGAGUGAAAACUCAGUCAUACUCUAUACACAGUGCACUGCAUGGCCCAAAGAGUGAAUAUUCAGUCAUACACUAUAGACAGGGCACUGGGCCAGAAAGUGAAUACUCAGUCAUACUCUAUACACAGUUCACUUCAUGGUACAGAGAGUUGAUACUCAGUCAUACCCUAUACAAAGUGCACUGCAUGGCCCAGAGAGUGAAUGCUCAGUCAUACUCUAUACACAGUGCACUGCAUGGUACAGAGAGUAAAUACUCAGUCAUACUCUAUACACAGUGCACUGCAUGGCCCAGUGAGUGGAUACUCAGUCAUACUCUAUACACAGUGCACUGCAUGGCCUAGAGAAUGAAUACUCAGUCAUACUCUAUACACAGUGCACUGCAUGGCCCAAAGAGUGAAUACUCAGACAUACUCUAUACACAGUGCACUGGGCCAGAAAGUGAAUACUCAGUCAUACUCUAUACACAGUGCACUGCAUGGCCCAGAGAGUGAAAAUUCAGUCAUAUUCUAUGAACAGUGUACUGCAUGGUACAUAGAGUGAAUACUCAGUCAUUCUCUAUGCACAGUGCACUGCAUGGCCCAGAGAAUAAAUACUCAGCCGUACCCUAUACAAAGUGCACCGCAUGGUACAGAGAGUAAAUACUCAGUCAUACUCUAUACACAGUGCACUGCAUGGCUCAGAGAGUGAAAACUCAGUCAUACUCUAUACACAGUGCACUGCAUGGCCCAGAGAAUGAAUACUCAGUCAUACUCUAUACACAGUGCACUGCCUGACCCAGAGAGUGAAUACUCAGUCGUACUCUAUACACAGUGCACUGCAUGGCUCAGAGAGUGAAUACUUAGUCAUACUCUAUACACAGUGCACUGCAUGGCUCAGAGAGUGAAAACUCAGUCAUACUCUAUACACAGUGCACUGCAUGGCCCAGAGAAUGAAUACUCAGUCAUACUCUAUACACAGUGCACUGCAUGGCCCAGAGAAUGAAUACUCAGUCAUACUCUAUACACAGUGCACUGCAUGGCCCAGUGAGUGGAUACUCAUUCAUACUCUAUACACAGUGCACUGCAUGGCCCAGAGAGUGAAUACUUAGUCAUACUCUAUACACAGUGCAUUGUAUGGCCCAGAGAAUGAAUACUCAGUCAUACUCUAUACACAGUGCACUACAUGGCCCAGAGAGUGAAUAUUCAGUCAUACACUAUAGACAGUGCACUGCAUGGUACAGAGAGUUCAUACUCAGUUAUAUUCUAUACACAGUGCACUGCAUGGCCCAGAGAGUGAAUACUCAGACAUACUCUAUACACAGUGCACUGCAUGGCCCAAUGAGUGGAUACCCAGUCAUACUCUAUACACAGUGCACUGCAUGGCCCAGUGAGUGGAUACCCAGUCAUACUCUAUACACAGUGCACUGCAUGGCCCAGAGAGUGAAUACUCAGACAUACUCUAUACACAGGGCACUGCAUGGCCCAGAGAGUGAAUAUUCAGUCAUACACUAUAGACAGUGCACUGCAUGGCCCAGUGAGUGGAUACCCAGUCAUACUCUAUACACAGUGCACUGCAUGGCCCAGAGAGUGAAUACUCAGACAUACUCUAUACACAGGGCACUGCAUGGCCCAGAGAAUGAAUACCCAGUCAUACUCUAUGCACAGUGCACUGCAUGGCCCAGAGAGUAAAUAUCCAGUUAUGCUCAGUUUUGUUAUAAGAUAAAAAUUCUGCUGCAGGUCCCAGAGUACUUCAUUACUGAUACCUUUACAGUUACUGCUGGACUAAGGGAGAGAUCUGUAAUACUACUAAUUCACACUAUGCUGCAGGGCUGAGGGGGAGUACUGCUGGACUAAGGGAGAAAUCUGUAAUAAUACUAAUAAUUCAAACUAUGCUGCAGGGCUGAGGGGGAGUACUGCUACUAAUAAAGUCACACUAUGCUGCAGGGCUGAGGGGGAGAGCUUUAAUACUACUAAUAAAGUCACACUAUUCUGCAGGGCUGAGGGGGAGUAUUGUAAUACUACUAAACACAUACUGUACUGCUGGACUGACAAAGAGAGUACUGUAAUACUACUAAACCCAUACUGUACUGCAAUACUGAUAGAGAGAGUACUGUAAUACUACUAACCCCAUACUGUAUUACAGUACUGAUAGAGAGAGUGCUGUAAUACUACUAAACCCAUACUGUACUACUGCAGGACUGAUAGAGAGAGUAAUACCACUAAACCCAUACUGUACUGCAGGACUCAUAGAGUACUGUAGUACUACUAAACCCAUACAGUACUGCAAAACUGAUAAAGAGAGUACUGUUAUACUACUAAACCCAUACUGUACUGCAUGACUGAUAGAGUACUGUAAUACUAGUAAACCGAUACUGUACUGCAGGACUGAAAGAGAGCGUAAUGCAAUACUACUAUACCCAUACUGUACUGCAGGACUGAUAGAGAGAGUAAUACUACUAAACCCAUACUGUACUGCAGGACUGAUAGAGAGAGUACUGUAAUACUACUAAACACAUAUUGUACUGCAGUACUGAUAUAGAGAGUACUGUAAUACUACUAAACCCAUACUGUACUGCAGGACUGAUAGAGAGAGUACUGUAAUACUACUAAACCCAUACUGUACUGCAGUACUGAUAUAGAGAGAGUGCUGUAAUAUUACUAAACACAUACUGUACUGCAGUACUGAUAGAGUACUGUAAUACUACUAAACACAUACUGUACUGCAGGACUGAAAGAGAGAGUACUGUCAUACUACUAAACCCAUACUGUACUGCAGGACUGAAAGAGAGAGUACUGUCAUACUACUAAACCCAUACUGUACUGCAGGACUGAUAGAGUAAAGUAAUACUACAAAACCAUACAGUACUGCAAGACUGAUAGAGAGAGAACUGUAAUACUACUAAACCCAUGGUGUCGUGCAGUACUGAUAGAGAGAUACUGUAAUACUACUAAACCCAUACUGUACUGCAGGACUGAUAGAGAGAGUACUGUAAUACCACAAAACACAUACUGAACUGCAGGACUGAUAGAGAGAGUAUUGUAAUACUACUAAACCCAUACGGUACUGCAAUACUGAUAGAGAGAGUAAUUUAAUACCACUAAACACAUACUGUACUGCAGGACUGAUAGAGAGAGUAAUGUAAUACUACUAAACACAUACUGUACUGCAGGACUGAUAGAGAGAGUACUGUAAUACUACUAAACUCAUCCAGUACGGCUGGACUGAUAGACAGAGUACUGUAAUACUACUAAACACAUACUGUACUGCAUGACUGAUAGAGAGAGUACUGUAAUACUACUAAACCCAUACUGUACUGCAGGACUGAUAGAGAGAGUAAUGUAAUACCACUAAACACAUACUGUACUGCAGGACUGAUAGAGUACUGUAAUACUACUAAACACAUACUGUACUGCAUGACUGAUAGAGAGAGUACUGUAAUACUACUAAACCCAUACUGUACUGCAGGACUGAUAGAGAGAGUAAUGUAAUACUACUAAACACAUACUGUACUGCAGGACUGAUAGAGUACUGUAAUACUACAAAACCCAUACUGUACUGCAGGACUGAUAGAGAGAGUACAGUAAUACUACUAAACCCAUACUGUACUGCAGGACUGAUAGAGAGAGUAAUGUAAUACCACUAAACACAUACUGUACUGCAGGACUGAUAGAGAGAGUAAUGAAAUACUACUAAACACAUACUGUACUGCAGGACUGAUAGAGUACUGUAAUACUACAAAACCCAUACUGUACUGCAGGACUGAUAGAGAGAGUACAGUAAUACUACUAAACCCAUACUGUACGGCAGCACUGAUAGACAGAGUACUGUAAUACUACUAAACACAUACUGUACUGCAUGACUGAUAGAGAGAGUACUGUAAUACUACUAAACCCAUACUGUACUGCAGGACUGAUAGAGAGAGUAAUGUAAUACCACUAAACACAUACUGUACUGCAGGACUGAUAGAGAGAGUAAUGUAAUACUACUAAACACAUACUGUACUGCAGGACUGAUAGAGUACUGUAAUACUACAAAACCCAUACUGUACUGCAGGACUGAUAGAGAGAGUACAGUAAUACUACUAAACCCAUACUGUACGGCAGCACUGAUAGACAGAGUACUGUAAUACUACUAAACACAUACUGUACUGCAGGACUAAUAGAGUACAUUAAUACUACUAAACCCAUACUGUACUGCAGGACUGAUAGAGAGAGUACUGUAAUACUACUAAACCCAUACUGUACUGCAGGACUGAUAGAGUACAUUAAUACUACUAAACACAUACUGUACUGCAUGACUGAUAGAGAGUACUGUAAUACUACUAAACCCAUACUGUACUGCAGAACUGAUAGAGAGAGUACUGUAAUAUUACUAAACACAUACUGUACUGCAGUACUGAUAUAGUACUGUAAUACUACUAAACACAUACUGUACUGCAGGACUGAAAGAGAGAGAGUACAUUAAUACUACUAAACCCAUACUGUACUGCAGGACUGAUAGAGAGAGUACUGUAAUACUACAAAACCAUACAGUACUGCAAGACUGAUAGAGAGAGAACUGUAAUACUACUAAACCCAUGGUGUUGUGCAGUACUGAUAGAGAGAGUACUGUAAUACUACUAAACCCAUACUGUACUGCAGGACUGAUAGAGAGAGUACUGUACUACUAAACCCUACUCUACUGCAGAACUGAUAGAGAGAGUAAUACUACUAAACCCAUACUGUACUGCAGGACUGAUAGAGAGAGUACUGUAAUACCACAAAACACAUACUGAACUGCAGGACUGAUAGAGAGAGUAUUGUAAUACUACUAAACCCAUACGGUACUGCAAUACUGAUAGAGAGAGUAAUUUAAUACCACUAAACACAUACUGUACUGCAGGACUGAUAGAGAGAGUAAUGUAAUACUACUAAACACAUACUGUACUGCAGGACUGAUAGAGAGAGUACUGUAAUACUACUAAACCCAUCCAGUACGGCUGGACUGAUAGACAGACUACUGUAAUACUACUAAACACAUACUGUACUGCAUGACUGAUAGAGAGAGUACUGUAAUACUACUAAACCCAUACUGUACUGCAGGACUGAUAGAGAGAGUAAUGUAAUACCACUAAACACAUACUGUACUGCAGGACUGAUAGAGACUGAGUAGAUGAGAGUACUGUAAUACUACUAAACACAUACUGUACUGCAGGACUGAUAGAGAGAGUACUGUAAUACUACAAAACCCAUACUGUACUGCAGGACUGAUAGAGAGAGUACUGUAAUACUACUAAACCCAUACUGUACGGCAGCACUGAUAGACAGAGUACUGUAAUACUACUAAACACAUACUGUACUGCAGGACUAAUAGAGUACAUUAAUACUACUAAACCCAUACUGUACUGCAGGACUGAUAGAGAGAGUACUGUAAUACUACUAAACCCAUACUGUACUGCAGGACUGAUAGAGUACAUUAAUACUACUAAACACAUACUGUACUGCAUGACUGAUAGAGAGUACUGUAAUACUACUAAACCCAUACUGUACUGCAGAACUGAUAGAGAGAGUACUGUAAUAUUACGAAACACAUACUGUACUGCAGUACUGAUAGAGUACUGUAAUACUACUAAACACAUACUGUACUGCAGGACUGAAAGAGAGAGUACAUUAAUACUACUAAACCCAUACUGUACUGCAGGACUGAUAGAGAGAGUACUGUAAUACUACAAAACCAUACAGUACUGCAAGACUGAUAGAGAGAGAACUGUAAUACUACUAAACCCAUGGUGUCGUGCAGUACUGAUAGAGAGAGUACUGUAAUACUACUAAACCCAUACUGUACUGCAGGACUGAUAGAGAGAGAGUACUGUACUACUAAACCCUACUCUACUGCAGAACUGAUAGAGAGAGUAAUACUACUAAACCCAUACUGUACUGCAGGACUGAUAGAGAGAGUACUGUAAUACUACUAAACCCAUACUGUACUGCAAUACUGAUAGAGAGAGUAAUUUAAUACCACUAAACACAUACUGUACUGCAGGACUGAUAGAGAGAGUACUGUAAUACUACUAAACCCAUACUAUUUUGAGUACUAAAAGAGUACCGUAAUACUACUAGACCCAUAUGAACCCAAGUUAGCUAUAGUUAAGGUAUGUAGUAAUACUUUUUUUAAUAGUUUGUUUAUUGUGUGUGUAUUGGGGACAUAACAGCAAGCCUUGUUUCCCAGUGAUGUACCUUGCUCACUGAGUGCAGGGACUGACCUGUGCAAUCACCCAGGGUUCCCCACUCACAUUAUGGGUUUAAGACCGAUGUACUUAGAGGUGAGAGAUGACAUCUAACCUGCUAAUUGGUUCCAUAGAGUAUGGUGGGAUCCUAAUGUAUCCACUGAUAAUUAGCAUCCCAUUGUUGGGGCAGUGUCCUGAUUAGUGUGAUAGGCCAUUGAUCACAGGACUCGGUCAGCCUGUUUAUUGAGACAUCCAGGAGUCAGGGAGGAUGUUAGUGACAUAAAGAGAUUUUAACCAACAGGUCAACUAGUGCCAUUACAUCAAUAUGUAUACUUCAAACAUAAAGUGAGAGCUCUUAUGAAAGCCAGGGCUGUAUCCAGUUUCCUGUAGGGAUCGUGCUAAUUGUGAUCUCACUAUUAUAAUUCAGAUUAAAGCAUAUUAGACAAUGUCUUAUCCAAGUGAGCUGUCUGUAUCCUGUUUAAUGUGAUGGUUUUCUUAAUGUGAUGGGAGUUAAAGUCCAUGCCUGGGAAUACCUAUUAUGUGGAACCAUUAAUUAACUCAUGCCCCCAUUCAAUAAAAUACCAAUAAAUAAUAAUACAUGGAUUCUACAUUGUGUCACUUGUGUCAGAAGUUACACAUUGCUCAGUAAAUGUAUUUAGAACACAUUUGAGCCUACUUUCUAAAACCUCAUUACCAGUAAUUAGCCUGGCUUUUAGUGCAUGCUAGGGAUAUAUUUAUGGGAAGCAGAAAUCUCCCAAACAUUGCAUAGAUAGAGGGCUUAUUGAUUUCUACAUGUGCACUGCCUUAAUUCUUCCACAGUAUAGCAAUAAUCUAAUUAUUGGAUUAAAAGAUCUGUUUCUGCUAUCAUUCAAAUAAUAAUCCAGAGAGGGCUGUACAUCAGAUAAUCAUUUAACAACCUAUUUAUUAAAUGUCCAUUGAGUACAUGGACACACAAUGCCCAUAUGUAUUCCUUUAUUGUUUGUGUAAAGAUGUGCAAACCAGAUGUAAAUAAUCAAUUUAUUGUAGAUCUGCUCCAAAUAUUAUUUGUGUAUAAUUUAAAGGUACAUUUCAGGGGUUUUAAUCUUUUUUUUUUUUUUCAAUUUGAAUUAGAAUUAUUAUUUUUGAUAUGUUUAUUUUUUAGCGCAUUACAAACUCACAACUCCUAUCAUGCUCAGCCAACCACACUCUGCCUGAGCUUGCUGGGAAUCGUCAUUCAACUUUCACACUACCUCUCUGUGACACCAGUCUAGCAGUGAAAAGGUUAAAUACAGGACUUCCCAGCAGUUAGUUAAAUCAAUGUCACUUGUCACUGGAACCACAUUAAAGCCCCCUCAACCCCUUCCUAUUGAUGGGAGAUCAGAUAAAGGUUUCUUCUCUAAUAAAGGUCCCUCCUCGGGCAGUGUGCUCUCUAACAGCCAUUUCAAUGGGCUAAUUGCAGAGCUGGGUUCCAGCAGCAGAAAUGUGGGUUAAAGGCAGGGGAGGGAGGGGGCUGUUUGGAAAUGUCUGAUUGAGCAAAUGGAGCUGUUUAUUUGUGUCUUGAAGUAAUGUUCCUCUGUAUUCCACCUCCUAUUCCCUUCUAAGUGCUAAUUGUUAACCUGCACAUAUUUGUUUUACAGUCUUCCAGGCACUUGCGUUGUGUAGUAAACAAUUUAGUGGCCUCACUGUCCAAUUUUACCAUCUUUCAUUCUCCCCCUUGUCAUAAACAAAGCAAUCCUAUAUCAUUCGAGCACAUAAACAACUCAUAUGUUCAUUCCAUGCAGCAGGCAGACACAGAGUGUCUACUUAUUGGCAUCUCCAAAACAACUCACAGGAAAGGAUUUGUUACUAGAAAUCUUCACACAGACAUUGCCUCUGGUGUACAAAGUGUUAAUAAUCCCCUGGACCCACUCAUAUAAUUCAUUCAUCUAACUUUAUCUUAUGAUAUCUUUCUUAAUUUUCCCAAUAAGAAUACAUAUUGCACAGUUUUCUUCCAACUCUUUAAGGGUUAAUACAGUAUAUGGUUUAACUAUAAAAUAAAAAUGGCUAAUUUUGCCUACAUUUUGCAAAUUCUCCCUCCAGCUUACUAUGGAAUUAAUAUUUUCGACAUUUAUUUAAGUUGCAGAAAUGGCUUCAAUAAAAUAAUUAUUGAAUUGUCAGAAUAAAUAUUAUAAAAUAUUUUGCAGUACUCAAAUAUAAUAAAAAAUGCCAAUUCAGUUUACAAAUAUUAUGUGCAAAAUUAUAUUAAUAUAUUAUUAUUAUUAUUAUUAUUAUUAUUUUAUAACAUAUUUAUAUUAUGGCACUGGUUAAAGCAGGUUAAUGUUUGAUUAAAAAAUUUCAUGUGUGUUAAACUGGGGGCAUACUAUUAUGCUUAAUGUUUGAGUGUUGUAAAGUAAAAUUUACAGUUAAAUAAUAUUUUACUAUAUUAUAAUUAACUGUUUUUACGCUGUUUUUGGAGUCUUAAUAAUAAUAGUUAUCAGUUUUGAUAAUAUUUUCCAAAGAAUAAGAUUUUUUUUUUAAUAUUUAACUCAGGCUUAGUAAAAGAGCAUUUUAACAGUAAGUCAUGUCAACAUUUUGAAUGUUAAAAUGUAAUGUCAGAUAAAAAAAAAGCUAAAACAAUUCAGUUAAACACUUUAAAUGAAAACAAAAUAAAUUCAAUUCCAAACUAAAACUAAACUGGGAUAACAUGGUAUGCCAUUAUUCCAACAUAUGAUACCUUAAUUUAACAAAAAUUUAACAGAAUAGACAUUUAAAAAAAAUUACCCUACAAACAAAAUAUUUAGAUAACAAUAAAAACUGUAAGUGUAUUUGGGUUUAACGUGCAUUCGAUUUUAAUUAUUGCUAAAUAUAUGAAUUUAUUGAAACUACUAUCAUGGUAUAAUUUUGCAGUUAAUGUAAACAUAAUAUCAUUUAUUUUUAUUAUCAAUUUUAAAAAUAAAUACAUUUUAUGGAAAGCAAAUAUUUGUUUGCAAGUUCAAAAUAUUAUAGUUAUUAUCAUUACAUAUUUAUACAACAAAUAGAAUUGGCAGAAUUUAAUACAUUUUAAAAAGCUACAGUUUGCAAAAAACAAAACAAAAAACCCUAUAUUAAUCACUUCAGGACAUGAGUCAAAUUUAUUAAUACAGUGCUAUCCCUUGAGUUAGAAUUUAAGAUCAGAAACAAAAAUGUAAUACUGAUCGGAUCUGUCUAUUAAACAAUGAUUUGUAUGGAUUUUGAAAAAAAAAUGGAUUUUGGCACACAUUGUUAAAUUAGCCACAAAACAUUAAAUAAAAUGAAAAAAUAUAUAUUUUUUUAAAUUUAGAUUUUCUUUUCAAAAAAUUUAUUUUGGCAUAAAUAUUGGUUGUCAGAUUGGUAGUGACUAGGUCCCUAUUGUUAAAGUUCAUUCAAAUUUGACUAAUUGUUAUUUAUAUACAAAUAUUCUUUUUUAUUAAACAUGCACUUUUAAUUUUACAACUUUUUAAAAUUAUUUAGUUUCCUUAUGUCCAAUGGGUUCUGUAUAAUAACACCUUCUGUAAAGCUAAAAUAAUAUAAUUUAAAAUCAAUACAAACAUGCUUGAGUAGUCCGUUCAAUUUCAGUGCAUUCAAAAUAAGUAUGAGAUUAACGUGGAAUGCUCUUUCAAGUAGAUUACUACAUCAUUUAGCAUUCCGUUGUUCCCAAAUAAGUAUGGUUAAAGAGGCUGAGUACGAUUCUUUACAAUAAUUUCUUUAAGCAAAAAAAAACACCUUUUUUAAAUUAAAAUAAUUGGUGAAUUUACAACAGUGUUAAGCUCACAAUUUAUGUUCUCUAUUACUAUUCAAAUUUAACAAACUAUUUUAUUUCUAUUGUAUUGUUUGUCAUGAUCAUACAUGCUUUAGAUGCUGUUUUCCAUUUUAAAUUUUAAAUUUGAAAAUACAUUCGAAAGAACAUCUAACACAAUAACAAACUUUUUAAUAUAUAUAUAUAUUCAAAUGUAUCUAAUUUUUAAAUUUUUUAAUAAAAUUUUACUUUGCUCUUUUUAUUUUCUUAUUUAAUUUUAAUAUUACAAUACAGAUUCUCAUUAAUUGUAUUACUCGCAAAGUAUAUUCACACAACAUAUUCCCAAUAUACUUUUAAUAUCUCUCUCUAUGUAUCUUUGUAAUCAGAAUAUAAUGGUCAAGUAAUGUUUCCCAAUUAUGAAAGUGUCUAAAUCGAAAUUAUAAUUUUUUUCAGUGCUAAUUCUCAAAUUAUUAUACCCAUAAAUCCUCCAUCAGAAUUUAUAUAUUUAUAUUGUGAGAUAUUGUAACUCCAAAAAAUAUCUGUCUCUCUAUAUUAGCUUUUUCCAUCUUUCUACAAAAAAUAAUGUUUUGUGUGUACUUCAUGUUUUACUCAAAAUAUUUAACUUUUUUAUUUACUAUAUUCAUUUCUAAAUAAUAUUAUAAAAUGUUAUUUUUUCAACAGUUUAUAAAUCAAUAUACUGUAUUUGUAUUCCAUACACACACACAUGUACAAACACAACAGCAUUUUUGAAUUUAUAAGAUUGGAUGUGUUUUUGUGUGCUUUGCGAUUCUAAAAAGAUUCAAUGCAGUAUCAUCGUGCAUUCACAAUAUUUCAAUAAGCAAAUGCUUAUUUGGUUUCCUUUUUCUACGUAACGGAUCAAAGCAUUAAGUUUGUAUUUUUAAUUUAGACAGUGUAAAAAUUGUAAUUGCAAGCUCAUUUCAGCAGAACCAUCUUCUUCCUAUGUAUCUCUCAACAUUAUUAUUUUUUAUUUUUUGUUUGUAAAUAUCUGUUUAUUUAGACAAGAGGUUCACCCAUCAUUAUUUUUAACUGUCAAAUACCUACGGUUAUUAUUUCCACACUGUAAUGUAAAUGUAAAUAUAAAGCACUAUGGAAUGUGUUGACGCUAUAAAUGCUGAUAAUUAUUAUUAAUAAUAAGGGAAUCGUGUAAUUAUUUUACUUUUUUCCUACACACUCUUUUUUAUUUUUCCCCCUGCAUGUGUAUGUUGUCCUUAAGAAAUGUAGCUCAAUGCAAAGUCUUGUAUUUACUUUAUUAAUGCAAACUAUGCGUUUUAUCUCAGAUAAACAUUCUAUUCUAUGAAUAUAACUUUAUAAUUUGACAUCACACGAACAAGAGAGUAGCGAAACCUUGUCAUUCCAAAAUACUGUUAGUCCAAAAAAACAAACCAUGAAAUUUUCAUGUCUUGUUAGAAUUUAUGGGAAUCGAUGCAGUUAUUUGGUGACUGACAUGUAGAGUACACUGCAGAUUGUAGCUUUAGUUUUUGGAGAUAAGUUGCCGUGGUGACAUGAGAAAUAAGUUCAAAAAUGUAUUGGAGAUCCAGAGUUAGUAGCCCAGCAAUGAUACGCCAUUGUCCAAUAGACUAGCUGGGUAUUAUUGUUGUUUUUAAUUAUAAGGAGCCAGCAUUUGGCAGAGUGCUGUACCAUAGGUGGAUACACAUAAAAGUUGGAUGUACAACAACAAAAGGGCCCUGCUCCAACAGUUUACAUUGUAAGGCCAGCAGACAUAAUCUGUUUUAAAUUGCCUAUCCAAUUUCUGUCUGGCCAGGCAUGAUGAGGGUUGGAGGAUACAAAUGUUAGAGUUAUAGUGGUGUCAUUUUAGUGAGAUAGUGAUUUCUCAUUUAACCCUUUCUCAUUGAUUGUCUAAUUCAGCCAUGCGUCAGUGAACAUAACAUAUUUUACAGGGGGAAAAAAAGAUGUAAAUUUCAUUCAGAAAUACAGCAGGUAUCGGAGUUUAUCAUAUAUACUUUUUGUAAAGACAAACAUAAAUGUACCCUUUAAUAUUAUUACUAAUAUGACCAUAUUAAAUGCAUAUGCAUAUAUUUUUUUAUUAUUAUUAUUUUACAUUUAUAAUUUUCUUCUGUUUUUAAGACCCUGAUUUAGUAUAUGAAAAUAUGCCUAGUUAAUAGAUGGGUUCUGCAAACAUUUAAUUUUUAAUAGUUAAUAGUUAAUUCUUAGGUAUUUUUCAGUCGGUGACUUGGAAACGCAAUUCUCAACAUUUUUAAAUAAAUCUAAAAUAAAAAGCAGAGAACACUUUUUCUGUGAACAAUUCAGUGAUUGAAAUCUCGGUCCGCUGAUGUUUCAGUUUCCUGAGAACAUCUCAUGAUUAGCUCUGUAACAGCUGUAUAAACGUAUUUAUAAAAAUCUGUUCCUUUAACCUGCUAAGGAGCAACGAUGGCCUAUGUCAUCAUAGCAAUCUGUUCCUUAGAGACUCUACUCUGACAUGAAUUACUCAUUUAGCAUUAUCCGAGCGCUGUAGAGCUGGUGCUUAAAUAUAAGUACAACCUUCCUUGCUAGCAACGCAUUUUAAGACCCGUGCUGGGAUGAUGCCAGGAGUUGUCAAUCUUUCUUCUUAAUUUGUCAACAGUAAAGAAAUAAAAAUACUUUAAUCACAAAUGGACAUUUAUUUUAACCACCAUAAUUCAGUUUCUAUUAUUUGAUAUUAAUAAGAUGAAGUACUUGAGAAUUAAUAUCACUUAUUUCUUACAUAUGUUUAAACAAUUUAUAGCUAUUUUUGCAUAGAAACCUGCAUUUAAUAUAUUUACAUUUUCUCUCUGAAUAUCUGGUCACAUUGCCCCAAAGGCAUCAAGUGGGUGCGUGUGGGCAUUUAUUUUAUGGACAAAAGAGAAAAUUAAUUUUUGUUUCCUAAUGAAAAUGUUUACUUAGCUGUACCUAUCAUGUUCUGCUUCAAUCAGACAAGCUUAAAUAAAAUUGUACGCACUUCCUUGUUUCCUACAGUUAUGUAGUUGGGGUACAGGUAGACAUUAUUUACUCAAAUUGUAUUGAGAAGCAGGAUCCCAGCCAAAAAAAACUGUUUAAAUGUUAGAUAUAAAAAAAGAUUAUUUUUAAUGGGUAACUUCACAUCACUCACUUACUGCCUUCCCCAGUAGAAUGGAGAUUUCUUUAGAUUCUGAAGAAUCUAAUGAUGGAAUUUAUAUUAGUUAGACAGUUUGUUAUUUAUCAAAUUUAUUACAUCAAAAUAUGCUCUUACAUGGUGGUCACCGUUGUAUUGUGUCAUGUGAUGUUUGAGUUCCACCUCCUACUUUUAGAUCUCAUUGUGCUGUUUGCUUUAUGACAGGACUUAACGUUAAGUCACAACGUCUUUAAAAAGUCUUUUUCUAGAUCAUAAAUAGUCAUUAUUAUUAUUAUUAUUAUUUUAUUAUUUAUAUAGCGCCAUCAGAUUCCGUAGCGCUGUACAUUGGGUGGACUAACAGACAUGUAAUUGUAACCAGACAACUGGACGUACAGGAACAGAGAGGUGGAGGGCCCUGCUCAAUGAGCUUACAUUCUAGAGUUAUAGUUAUAAGAUCUACCCGAGGCAGUGAAACCUGUGGAUUUAAGAUAAGAACUGGUUAGUUCAAUCUAGGAAAAUAAGAUUAAAUGAGAAAGUCACACACAAAUGACAACAGUUCUCAGCAGUUACAGACACUGUAUUUCUAAAAAGCAUGCAUUAUUUUUAUACUGCUAAGUUUGCAGUGCUUUUUAUAAACUUAUUUUAAUAACAUAUCUGUACCCCUUUUACAUUGCUUGUUCUUUUGUGUUUAGCGGGGGAUAUCUCCGAUAUCUCGAUUGGUUAUAUGCUAUGCAGUACAGUACCAUGGUAUACGUAAAAUGGUAUGGUAUACCAUGGUAUACAUUUAAAAAUAAAUGAAGUAAUAAUGACACAUGUAUUUGUAAAUAAAGAAUAAGUUAGGAAGGAUUUAAAAUGAUUUGGCCGAGCCAAAGUCUAACCUUUAUCCACUAACAGAUAACUUGAGCGUUAAAUGCUAUUUAGAAUCUCUUUCUGCAUGUAUAUACCUCUCAGUCCAGUGAGCGAAACUGUGGGGUCUAUUCUCUAAACUCUGAUCAGCGGUGCAUUGAGAAUUAGCUUGGAAUAUUUAUGCCAAAAUUAAAGAUGCAAAAAAUUGCCAACUCCGCUGUACAUUAUUUUUUGUAUGACUGCUGUUCCAUAUUACCCUAAGCAGCCAGACAGGUUUGGCUAUUGCCCGGGAACGACUGUAGUCCUGAAAUGUGUGUGUGUGUGUGUGUGUGUGCAUGUGUGUGUGUGUGCAUGUAUGAGUGUGUGGGUAUGUGGGUGUGCAUGUAUGAGUGUGUGGGUGUGUGGGUGUGCAUGUGUGUGUGUGUGUGUGUGUGUGUGCAUGUGUGAGUGUGUGUGUGCAUGUGUGUUUGUGUGCAUGUGUGAGUGUGUGUGUGUGUGUGUGCAUGUGUGUGUGUGUUUUAAUCCAACUAUAAACCUUUUACUGACAGAGGAGUGUGCAACAUGUUUUACACCCCACUGUUCUCAAAGGGUUAAUAAUCCUGGGCAUUCUUCCUGCACCAUAACGGUGGCCGUGGGUACAUGGCAGAACUGAAAUGAGGCAUUUAUCAAAGUUUGCAUGCAGUGAAAUCUCUACCCUGCAUGCAAUAAACACUUCCUGAAGAUUAUUAUGAUUAAACGUCCGUAAGGAUUAACUCCAACAUGUUAAAAUAACACUGCUACGAUCUGCGGCAACCAGCAAACACACGCAGUGCUUUCAUAAGCCAAGCUCUGAUAGUAUUAUGUCAUCUGUAAAAAAGGAAACUAAAUGUGUUUAUUUAUAUUACACAAUUUGAGGUUUCUCGUUUAAACUCAGCAAAUGGAGGGGGGCAUUUACUACAUUUACUAUGAGUUUGUAAAAAACCUUGUAUAUAAAAUAGCAAAACCUUUGCUUAAAAAUAUUUCUGUCCUUUUUAACAAGGUAUCAGGCUAUUAUGAUAGAAUUCCAUGUAAACUGCAGGAAGGUGUAGAGAUACCAGUUCCCCUCUUCUGAGCUGUAAAUAUUGUCUCAAUAAAUAAAUAAUAGGAUAAUGCUCGGGCCCCUUUAUAACCGCAGAGGAUCAGGAGUGACUAAUCAUUCCCCCCAUGUGAGGCCUCUAACACUCGCCUCCAAGACUUCUCCAGGGCUGCACCUCUUCUGUGGAACUCCCUUCCCUUCUCCGUAACACUUUCACCCAGUCUCCACUCAUUCAAAAAAUCAUUAAAAACUCACUUCUUCAAGAAAGCAUAUCAAUUAAACUGUUAGCAGGUUUUUAUCCCCCACCCCCCAUGACUCCUCUCCUGCAACUGUCAAAAAUAACCUACUAAGCCCUCAGUGAAUACUUUUCUAACAACCUACUUCGUACCCCUACUUUUACCCUUUCUGUCACCAUACCCCACUCCCUCUACAAUGUAAGCUCAUUUUGCUGGGCCUCCACCUCUCUGUUCCUGUACGUCGAGUUGUCUGGUUACAAUUACAUGUCUGUUAGUCCACCGAUUGUACAGCGCUACGGAAUGUGAUGGCGCUAUGUAAAUAAUAAAAUAAUAAUAAGAAUGAGGGGUCUCUGGGACAACCACUAACUUAGAAGAAUGCUGGGGUCUUUGUGUUCCCCUACUAAAAGCAGUGAUGGUGGAGAAAGGGGAAAAAAAUCAAAUGGGGACCAUUGUAUAGAACCUGCAUAACGGUCCAAUUCUCAUGCAUCACACAGUUGUCUUUUUAUAAUUGUUAACAAAUGCCUAUUUCAUUGAGUAGAAGAUAUGCAUUUAAAUACAUUGUUUGACUAUAUAGGACCAUGGUAAGUAGAUAACAAAUAUUUUUAUUAUUGUUUUACAAACAUUUGUUUUCAACAGGGAGAGAUUUGGGAUGACUUCCCCUAUGUCCACAUUCACAUAUAGUCGGAUGGUUGAAUGUAGACAUUUAAAUUAUUUUAUUUAGUGUACACAUGAUGUCUGGUUUAUCUAGCAUCCUUUUGGGGACAUUGAGCAUCCUACUGGGGACAUCCCAGGGGAGCUGAGUACUCCCCUGGGAUGUCAUUUAACUGGAGCUUGUAAGGACAUGUAAAUCCCCUCUCAAAUAAAUAAAUACUACAAACACCGUAACCACUACAGCAUGCUAUAGUAAUUUGGUCCAGGAGUGCACUGGCACCUUUCCCCCCUCCCACUGUAAGUAGUCAAACCACCAAUUUUCCCACCAUUGAGAAACAGAAGCUCCUGCAUGGAGCUCUCCUGAGCUAAAUCCUGACCUUCAGGGCCAUCUCAAUGGCCUGGAGUGUCAGCUGAUUGUUUUCAGCCAAUGAGCUAAGCUCCGAAUGGCAGGGUUUAGAUUAACGCAGAGAGCUUCUGGCUCCUAUAGUGGAGGUGACAGAGCCCAGGUAAGUUGUCAAGCCAUUGGUAAACUGUUUGAAUAUUUACAUUGGGGGACACACCCGCACUCUAUACUGGCAAUGGCGCUUUAGAUGUACCCAUACUAUGCCACUCAUUGAGUGUGAGAAUAGAUGGGAGUUUGGGUCUUUCUAUGUUCUAUGUUCUACUAAAGUCAUUACCUACAUUACUAGAGUACAUGGAACCCCUUCAGGGGAGACCAUUGCAAAGGAUUUUAGGGGGAGCCUGGGAUCCCCACAGUUUUUAAACGCUCAAUAUCACCAACAAAGAGAAAAAACAAAGCAGUAGUUCGGCCUCCAUUUUUCUUUGUUUCAAACUUUAUUAUUGUUAUGAAUCAAUGUGCUCGAUUCAGUAUGAUAUAGACUGAAUUAUUUCGUAAAGAACAAGUUGAAACAUAUAUACUGUACACCUUGCAUUACAUUUUGUUGGAACGACAUGUAAAGAAAGAAAAGGAAAAUUACACAAUGCAACAAAUUAAACAGUUAACAAAAAUAAAAUAAACUAAGUAUGUUCGAAGUUAGCUCAAUAUUGGGGACAACUUGCUUGAGAAGUUGGCAUUAUUGGUUGGCCCAUUGGUGAGUUGGCCCAUUAUAAUUGUGUGGUUGAUAAUUAUGUUAUUACUUGGAGGUUGUCCUGAUAUAACUGUGGGGGUUGGCUCAUUAUAACUCUGGUCAAGUACCAGUCUGUAAAUUUGAAAGUGGAUUUAAUUUUGGGUUGGGUAGUUAUACCUAGCAUGCUGAUAUAUAGUUCUGCCCUCCAUGUUAUAAUCCUACACAUUGAUGCAAAACAGGCUGACUGGCCAUUGGUCCUUGAGGUCAACAAUGGAUCCUAUCCUAGAGUAUCCUAGCUUCCUAAACUUUCACCUUUUGCCUCUCCUGACACCAUUGCUUUGAAUGACCCUGUGCUGAUAGCUGAGGCCUAGUGUGCUACAGCCAAACAAGAUAUUUAGAGAGUUCCAGUUUCAACUAGUAAACAAUACUAUAUGUGAAAAAAAUACCUCCAUGGGAUCCAGACACUAAGUACCUGAUCUUAGCUGGUGAAUGUUUAGCUGGACAGUAGGACAGCUUGGUUUGAUUAAUCUAGGGAAAAUUUCAUUGCAUUUAGUUUGGGAAAUUCAUUACUUGCUGAGUUAUUCGAAGAUCCACUGAUUUCAAUCCAUUCUGGAUCCCUAAUCGGUUUAGUCAUAAGGUACCUGGUUUGAGAACCUUGACUUGUCCAUCUAGAGCUCCACCACUAACUAGUUAUCAGUUGUGAACAAGGAUCCCACCAAUCACUCAAUGAGUUUGACCUCUUUGGUACUUUAUUAUUAUUAUUAUUAUUGUUAUUUAUAUACCACCAACAGAUUCAGCAGAACCACCAACACAUUCAGCAGCGCUUAAUCUGUUGUUAUCACUGCUCUAUACAUCAAGAAAUUAUUACCAUUGCUCUAUACAUCAAGAAAUUCUAUGUAAGAACACUAAAUAUGAAUUACAUAUUAUUUGUUCUCAUUGGUCCUGCAGCUGUUUGUAUCAUACUGGACCAUUACUUACAGUGCUCUCUCACUCUCUAUGUCCCCAGGCAGUGAUGUUUCCCAGGAAAGUUUACUACUUCAUGGUCCCUUUGCCCGGAAGCCCAAGAGGAUCAGGACGGCGUUUUCCCCAUCACAGUUACUGAGGCUGGAGAGGGCGUUUGAGAAGAACCACUAUGUGGUUGGAGCAGAAAGGAAGCAGUUGGCCAGUAGCCUAAGCCUGUCAGAAACACAGGUAAUGGCAAAUAGAUUGAUGUAUGAACUACGCAUGGUUUAGGUCUGCGUUAAUAUAGCUUUUCACAAGCUAGAGAGAGGGGUUUAAAGGUUAAGUAUGCUUUAAUCAAUAUGUAAUGCUUCAAGGUUUGUGAGAGGUGCAUAUGACUGAAUGCUAGGCCUCUAGGGUAUAGCUCAGUCCUCCAUGUUUAUAGUCUGCUAGAAAAGCAAAAUUGAUCUUCUUAAUGUUAUGAAGACACAAAUGUAGAAAUUAUGGGGCACAAAGCUCGACUUAGAAUAUUUACAUUCCAUUAGCUUUAACAUGUUUGCACCAGUAUUAACUAAAUGUCCAAGAAUUACUCCAAGUGUGCCUUGACAUAUAUAUGGCUAAUAAUAUAAAGUGAUUUGGCAUAAAUUAGGACAUUACCAUUGAAGAGCAUUUCUUGAAAUGUAGUCUCAUUUUUCGGUGUAAUUAAUUGGUAGUGAAUGGGUAAUAUAUUUUUUCAGUGUACUUGAUGGAUCAAUAUGAUCAUAUACAGUUCCCUAUAGUUGAUGAUUUAUGAGUGCUGUGUCAUGUAUGUAGUUUAUCAUGACUGUACAAGUGGUAUAUUAUUAGAACUGUGUGAAGCAUUACUGCUAUAUCACUAAUAAAUGUCCAGAUAUAUAUAAUCAGUUAUGGAACCCUGUCAAAGAUCAGAAUAUAUUUAAUCAGUUAUGGAACCCUUGUCAAUAAUCAAAUGAUAUUUGCAUUACUGCUAUAUCACUAAUAAAUGUCCAGAUAUAUUUAAUCAGUUAUUGAACCCUGUCAAAGAUCAGAUUAUACUUAAUCAGUUAUGGAACCCUGUCAAAGAUCAGAUUAUAUUUAAUCAGUUAUGGAACCCUGUCAAAGAUCAGAUUAUAUUUAAUUAGUUAUGGAAUCCUGUCAAAGACCAGAUUAUACUUAAUCAGUUAUGGAACCAUAAAAAAGAUCAGAUUAUAUUUAAUUAGUUAUGGAACCCUAUCAAAAAUCAGAUUAUAUUUAAUUAGUUAUGGAACCCUAUCAAAGAUCAGAUUAUAUUUAAUUAGUUAUGGAAUCCUGUCAAAGAUCAGAUUAUACUUAAUCAGUUAUGGAACCCUGUCAAAGAUCAGAUUAUACUUAAUCAGUUAUGGAACCCUGUCAAAGAUCAGAUUAUAUUUGAUCAGUUAUGGAACUCUUGACAAUAAUCAGAUUAUAUUUAAUCAGUUAUGGAACCCUGUCAAAUAUCAGACUAUAGUUAAUCAGUUAUGGAACCCUGUCAAUAAUCAGAUUAUAUUUAAUCAGUUAUGGAACCCUUGACAAUAAUCAGAUUAUAUUUAAUCAUGUGUGGAACCCCCUCAAUGAACAUUUUAUAUUUAAUCAGUGUCGGUACCCUGUCAAUUAUCAAAUAUAGUUAAUGAAAGAUGGAAAUCUGUCAAUGAUCAGAUUAAAUUUAUGUAGUAAUGGAACCCUGUCAGUGAUCAGAUUAUAUUUAAUUAGUUGUGGAACCUUGUAAAUGAUCAGAUAUAUUUAAUCAGAGGUGGAACCCAUUCAAUUAUUAAAUAUAUUUAAUGAAAGAUGGGAAUCUUUCAAUGAUCAGAUGAUAUGUAAUCAGUGCCGGAAUCCUGUCAAUUAUCUCAUUAUAUUUAAUCAGUGGUGGAACUGUCUCACUCAGAUAUUAGAUUUCUAGAGCUUGAGCAAUUUCAUUUGUAGAGCCAUAUAACCAGGCAACGGGCUUCUAUAGGGGUUAUUGUAGAUACUCAUUCUAAAUGUGUGUGAUUCAUUCUACAUACUUUGAAGAAGAUUUGUGUAUCUACCACCCUUACAGGAAACAAUUAUGAAACUUUGGGGUUUAUUUAGUAAACUGGCAGUUAUGGAUAAUUGACUCAUGCAUUGCAAGCUUUAAAUCAAAACAGAUUAUUUAAAAUCCAACUAUUUAUUUUUUUGUACAAGUUUGGGGCUAUUUUGGCUCAGAUUGUUUAAUUCCCUUGUCAAUUCUUUGCGUCUCCAAAUUUAGCAAGUACACCACAUUUUCCUCUAGGUCGCGUUAUAACUUCAGGUAUGUUAAAUAAUAUCCUACCAACAAUUUCUGUACUUAUUUUUUUUCAUAAAGAGUGGAUAUAAAAUCCCCCCUCUCCCACCACCUCCAGUAAACAUUGGCCUUCAUUCCAGGGUUACUAUAGCUGGAUAGUGUGAAACGCAGUCGUGUGCGUGUGUUCUGCGAUUGCAGCAGACACAGCUGGACACGUUGACUUAUUUGUGUAUAUACUUCGACACAUUCGCCUCAAACCAUCUGUGAUAUAUUCAGCUUUAUAUGCUAAUAUUUCCAUUUUUAACCAGACAUCUCCGCACAGCUAGCUCUAAAUAUUCACCUAAUGCUCCCCGCUUUGCAGCUCAAACGCUGUAUAGUGCUUCAAACAUAUGGAGAUUUAUACUAAUUAUAAUCAUAUACCGCAAUAUGUCCCCAUAACUAAACUACGUAGAGAUAAAAGCAAAUGAAGAUCUGUAAUAAUUAUAACCAUAUACUGCACUGGGAGCCAGCCACAAAAAUGCUAUAUAGUGCUAAUUAUUACUGUGUACUGCCAUGGGACCUGCCAUGGGAUCCCAUAACUACUCAUUAAAUAGUGUUAUAAGCAUAUGAAAAUCAAUAUUAAUUCAUAAAUGAAAAACAAUAUAUCCCCAUUGAUUCACAAUAAACAAACUUCAAAAUGGCUACUUUCAUUUGUUGGAAGAGAUUUGUCAGAUGAGUAAUAAAAACUGGGACUGGCUUCCAAAAAUUCUAAAGCCCGUAAAAGUAUAAGAUCUGUAAUACUAUCAGGGUUAUCUACUGAUGGGAGAAAUUGGUGGAGACUCAAGUGAUUUUAAAGUGAAUUUCAAAUUUCAGGUCGGAAUAGCCCAGCUGAGAACAGAAUUGACUUGGAGAAUUUAUCUAAUUUGGCUUUUGGAUACAUUUUUAUAUUCACUUUAAAAUCGCUUUGAGUUCCUGGACAUAACUGCGGACAUCUUACUCAAUGUCUUGUUUUUCAGACCCUAUAUCAGCACAUCGCAUGGGGUAAUUCAAUACCAGGCCGCCCAGUAGAACCCAAUUGUGGUACAUUGUGCUGGGUAACUGAGUUGGAGACUGAUUAGAAACAUAGAAUGUGACGGCAGAUAAGAACCAUUCGGCCCAUCUAGCCUGCCCAAUUUUCAAAAUACUUUCAUUAGUCCCUGAUAGAAACAUUGGCUAAUUAGAAUUUGGCUAUUUUGCUUACAUUUGUAAAUGCCUAUUGGAUUUAGCACAAAUUAGUUGAGUAAAAAAAAAAGCAAAAAACCCAGGCGUGGCUAGACCCCCGAUGCUACCUCACAGAAGAAUCUAGUUUGGGAAUUAUUUAUAUUUUUUAUGUUCUCCGUAGGUUGCAAAGCAUUUUGUGGCUCCUAUCACGAGAGAUGUAAAAAACAGAAUAUUUACAACUUUGUUCUGCAUCAUGGUCCUUAUCUUAACCCCUUAAGGACCGAGGACGGUUCAGGACCGUCAUCGGCAUUUUUGCGUUGCCGACCGAUGACGGUCCUGAACCGUCCUAACGGUCUGGGGGUACUUACCUGAUCGCCGUCGUUCCCCCGGCGGCGAUCAGUGUUCCUCCGGUUGUGGGGAGACUGCCUGCAGCCCAGACAGUCUCCCCACGGCAGAUUAGGACCCCUGUGGCCAUGUGAUCGCUUAACACAGCGAUCACAUGGUCACAAUAGGUGUCCAUGUGUCUGCCUGCAGGGGGACUGUCUGUGCUGACAGGCAGUCUCCCUGCUUGUGUAAAAUCAGAAAAAAAAAAUAAAGUUAGUGUUAAUUAAAAAAUAAAAAUAAUUAUAUAUGUGUAUAUAUGAUAUAUAGACAUAUAUUAUAUCUAUAUAAUAUAUGUCUAUAUAUCAUAUAUAUAUAAUGUCAUACUAAGUGUAUUUUUAUAUUAAUAUGUACUUAUAUUAAUAUAAAAAUACACUUAUAAUUAAAUUACACGUAUAUAUAUAAUAUAUAUAAUAACUAUAUAUAUUGUAUAUAUAUAUUAUUAUAAAAUAUAAAUAAUAAGUAAUUUAAAUUAAAUAAAUUUUUUUUUAAAUAAUAAUAAAAAAUUAAAAAAAUUAUAUAGCUAUAUGAAAUUUUAUUCUAACUGUAUUUUAAAAUUAAUAUAUAUAUAUUUAUAUCAAAAUACACUUAGAAUGAAUUUGUAUAUAUAUCUAUGUAUAUAAAAAUAAAUAAAAAUAAUAAGAAAUAUACAUAUGUCCAUAUACAAAAUUACAUAAAUAAUUAUAUAAAUAUACACGUAGACUUCAAAUAUAUAAAUAUGCAUAUAUAUUUAAAUUCUACGUGCGUAUUUAUGUAAUAUUUUUACAUAAUUCAGUAAUUUUAUUGAUUGCAAUUUGAGGGACCUGCCUGCCAACCCAGGCCGAAAUUCCAGAGAAUUUAAUUUGCUAGCACUGUAUUUUACCCUGUAACGUUCUACGACACCCUAAAACCUGUACAUGGGGGGUACUGUUUUACUCGGGAGACUUCGCUGAACACAAAUAUUAGUGAUUCACAACAGUAAAACAUAUCACAGCGAUGAUAUUGUCAGUGAAAGUUACUUUUUUUGCAUUUUUCACACACAAACAGCACUUUUACUGAUGAUAUAAUUGUUGUGAUACGUUUUCCAGUUUUUAAACACUAAUAUUUGUGUUCAGCGAUGUCUCCCGAGUAAAACAGUACCCCCCAUGUACAGGUUUUAUAGCAUUUUUGAAAGUUACAAGGUCAAAUAUAUGGGUCAAAUAUUUUUACAUUGAAAAUGGCCAGGUUGGUUACGUUGCCUUUGAGAGCGUAUGGUAGCCCAGGAAUGAGAAUUACCCCCAUGAUGGCAUACCAUUUGCAAAAGAAGACAACCCAAGGUAUUGCAAAUGGGGUAUGUCCAGUCUUUUUUAGUAACCACUUGGUCACAAACACUGGCCAAAAUUAGCGUUCAAUUUAGUUUUUUUACUUUUUUCACACACAAACAAAUAUGAAUGCUUACUUUGGCCAGUGUUUUCGACUAAGUGGCUACUAAAAAAGACUGGACAUACCCCAUAUUGAAUACCCUGGGUUGUCUACUUUAAAAAAAAUAUGUACAUGUGGGGUGUUAUUCAGAGAUUUAUGACAGAUAAUAGUGUUACAAUGUCACUAUUGAUAAAUUUUAAAAAUGUAUGUUUUGAAACCGCAAUAUCCUACUUGUACCUAUAGCCCUAUAACAUGCAAAAAAAGCAAAAAAGCACGUAAACAUUAGGUAUUUUUAAACUCAGGACAAAAUUUUGAAUCUAUUUAGCAGUUUUUUUCAUUCGCUUUUGUAGAUGAGUAAAAGAUUUUUCAAGUAAAAGUCAAAAAACAUGUAUUUUUUUCAAUUUUUCAUCAGAUUUUUUUAUUUUUUUUAAAUUAAAAUACAUGAGAUUAUAUAAAUAAUGGUAUGUAAAGAAAGCCCCUUUUGUCCUGAAAAAAACAAUAUAUAUUUUGUAUGGGAACAGUAAAUGAGAAAGCGGAAAAUUACAGCCAAACACAAACACCACAAAAGUGUAAAAAUAUUCCUGGUCGCAAAUGUACAACAUCGCAAAAACAGUCCAGUCCUUAAGGGGUUAAGCUUGGCCAAACGUUACUUCAACAGACCUCAAUAAGCUUAGAUAUUUCUCACCUAGCUGGCCAAGCUUGUGUGAGUUCGUCUUAUAUUGUCUGUUAUUAACUAUAAAAAAAAAAAAUGCAGAGUUUCAUUUUGUCCCACACUAAUGUGAUAGAAUUGUGUAUUCUUGUGCCAUCGCUGUUGUGGCAUGACUGCGAACAACCAUGUAACGUGAGCGGUAAUAAAUAAAGAUAGACAAAAAAAAUACAAAUAUUUACAACUUUGUAUAAAAUACACCCAACAUUGGCAUGGGGUCGGGUAAAAAUUGAGUGCAACUCAUGUUACUGCCCAAAUGGGGCAGGCUGGCCCAGAAAAGUGGUGGGUCUGCCUAUGGAAUUGACAGGCAUGCCCACUAUGGAUGGACCAUGCAGACUGUGACCCUAGAGCCCUGAGCAUAGUGUAAGCACAUCUUAUGAUGCACUUGCGCUACACUUUUUGGAGACAGUUACCUAGUGUCCUCAACAGUGGGACACCAGGGAACAAAGGCCUUCAUUUCAUUUCCCUGAAUCAGAAUCAAAAAAUAUUCCAAUAGUUUCAAAUGAUUUAUCUGCAAAAUUUUCAUAGAAAUGAAUGGUGACUUCUGUAGAAAAAUUAUUUGAAAAGUUUUUUCUAAAAUAUUAGAAUAAUGUCUGACACUGAUCCAAGACAAAUUAAAUCAAGGUCAAAAUCAGGACAGCAGGAUUGGACCCUGAUAUCAUGACUGUCCUGCUGAUUGGGACUAUUUGGAGGCCUCCUAUAAAAUUUGGAAAACUCACGCAGGUCUAAAUGUAUUUGGAAAUUACUGAAAUUUGUAGCAGGUUUUAAGGAUCCUACAUGCAGUGUUUUUUCUUUAAUGUAUUUCUGAAGCCGCUAUUACUGUGCAAGAAAUAUUAAGACAUACGUUUAAUGUCAUGUUUUAUAAAAAGGAUCGGUAAUGUUUAACGCUAUGCCAGCCUGACAUUUUCCGGUUAUUUAUUAUAUAAUAUUUUUAAAACAGUACUAAGCUACAUAGUGUUUUUUGCUACCUACCACUUAAAAUGUACUGUUUUACCAGAAUCUUCUUAAAUUAUUUUCUUGUAAACACUAGCAUAGCAUCUUCCAGAGGUUUCUCAGUCAGUGUACAGAUUCUUUCCUGCAGAGUUUGCAAUUUAGAGGAUCAGUGAAAGAUUUAACUUUAAUAUGAGUUUAGUAGAACUAUAUGUAUUGGGGAAAUACGUUUUAGGUACCGUAUAUACUCGCGUAUAAGUCGAUCCGAAUAUAAGUCGAGACCCCUAAUUUUACUCAAAAAAACUGGGAAAACUUAUUGACUCGAGUAUAAGACUAGGGUGGGAAGUGUGUAUGAGUGCAGUGUGUGUGAGUAUGAAUGCAGUGUGUGUGUAUGAGUGCAGUGUGUGUGUGUGUAUGAAUGCAGUGUGUGUGUGUGUGAUGCAGAGUGUGUUUGUGUGUGUGAUGCCUUGGUGGGGGGUGGGCAUUUUUAUUAAUUUUCUUUAAUUGUUAUUAUUAUUUUAAUAUUAAUUUAAUUUUUUUUAAUAUUAUUAUUAUUUUAUUAUUAUUUAUAUUUUUUUUGACCCCCUCCCUGCUUAAUACAUGGCAGGGAGGGGGGCUCUCAUUCCCUGGUGGUUUAGUGGCAUGGGCUGUGUAGGAGGGGGGCUGGCAGCAAGCUGUAACUUACCUUUCCUGCAGCUCCUGUCAGCUCCCUUCUCCUCCGUGCCGGUCAGCUCCCCUGUCAGCUCCCCUGUAAGUCUCGCGGUCUGAGUGCUGCGCGGAGUGUUGCCACGGUAACCCGUGGCAACGCUCUGACCCCGCGGCUCUCAUGAGACUUACAGUGGAGCUGACCGGACCGGAGGAGAGAGAAGGGAGCUGACUGGAGCUGCAUGAAAGGUAAGUUACAGUUCGCCGCCAGCCCCCAACCGGAACGCCGGGCUUGUAAUGAGCCCGGCGGUCCUGGUCUGUAUUAUGGCAAUGUAAGUUGCCAUAAUACAGACCUUGACUCGAGUAUAAAACGAGUGGGGGGUUUUCAGCACAAAAAAUGUGCUGAAAAACUCGUCUUAUACUCGAGUAUAUACAGUAUAUAUAUAUAUAUAUAUAUAUGUAAAAAAAAACAUCUCUUUGGAAUGCUCAUAUCAUAUCUUUCAAAAUUAACUUUUUGUAGGUGAAAAGUACGGGUUAACUUUCAAGUGAACUAUAUCGUAAUCAGUAAUGGCACCAUAUGCUUUGAUGCACCUAUAAAUGAUUCUCUUCCCUUCCACCUUCCACUGUUCUCAAUCUUGGUUUUUGUUUUUUGUUUUCCUGCCAGGAACAUUAAAUCACUGCUUUAUCCGCGAGUUUUUGCGCAAAUACAUUUGCAUAUAGAUGGGAGGGGUGAGAAUGCUAGAGGAAAGGGCUGACUCUCCAUUGGCUGAUGAACUAAUGGAUAUGUAAAUGAUUCAGCAGUGCGAUAUUGCGGGAAGUUUGCCUUGAAGGGACAGCGUCUGUAUAAAUUAGAAUUUUUGACAGAAUAGAAUGCCCAAGGUGGAAAAAGUGGAUAAUGUAAUUUAAAAUUACUGUCACCUAUACCGAUUUCUAUUCAGCUUAAAUAGACAGUACAACACAAUCAGAAGAUUGUAAGAACACUGAGAGAUGGUGUUUUUUUUUACAAUUUCUUAUUCUAAUAUUUGCCUUUAUUUUUCUGCCUUGCUUAGGUACCGGUGCUUGCAUUACGAAAUCACUUCAUAUCACAAAAAAAACAACUUAAUGUAAUCAGUGCAAUGCGCAACGGAGGGUAAUUUGUAAAGAACAAUGGCAGGGCACUGCAUGGAAACUGAUUUGCUUCGAAUUUUGCACCAGAACUUCUCUGCAUUAUACUGAGUAUCCGGUUUUGGACAUGGUGACAAAUUGCUCUGAGCUACACAGUGGUCUAAGCAGUUUUUUUUGUUUUUUGUUUUAACUAACUGCUGAGUUAGAGUCUAAAGUCCAGAGGAAAUCUUGCAAAAACUUUGGGUACUUUGAGUACACACAGAAUUCACCAAUCACACCAAAGGUUCCUCAAGUCAUGUCCCUCUUGCAUGUAGCACCAGAUUUAGAGAAUCAUGUUUAUCCCUCGUUUAGCAUCUCAGAGCACAUAUUAAUCAAUGUAUUUUGUGCUGACGUAGAUACAUCCCAUAUGAUAAAUGUCCCCACCACUAUGGCAGGACUUAACAUUUGUAAUCUUAUGCUACAAGCCAGGUCAUAAAAGUUACUCACCACCACAAGCUAUAGCAUACCCUUCUGGAGUGAAUUUCUACUUGACAGGGCUAUAUUUUCACUUGUAAAUUAAAUGGCUAGUAGAAAGUGGAAAUUCUAAGUCUUGACGGUGGUAUAGCACCCGAGUGUAGAGAAUAUUAUUGGAUGCUGCUUAUCUUGAGAGCACACCUCUAGAAAUCUCAUAUCCAUGGCAAUAUUCUAAUUUCAGACUUCAGAGAAGGAUAGUAACAUGAUAAUAUUGGUUUAAAAAAAAUCAUGUUUCACCUUUCAAAUGGUCUUACGUAAAACUUUUAUUGUGUUCGGUGCAAACGAUCAGAUCUUUCUUCACUGUGUAGAUCAACCCCAUUAGACUGAUGUUCCCUGGAUAAUAGGUGUAAAGAAAUACCUGGAUAAUUGGAAUGCAAUAUUACGCCACACAUACACACCACAAUAUAGGAGCUACAUGCAAAGGCAGGAUCCUUGGAGCCUCUUCCCCUCUCACAGUCCUCACUUCCUCUUUGCUCAUGUUGCAACCAAAUUCUCACAACUGCAUGAGAUUAAAGAGGGGUUUAAGAGAGAACCAGAGUUUGCAGUUGUUCCAAUUGAGUUUACAUUGAGUUCAUACAUGUAUGCAAAUUGCUGUACAUGUCCAUUUCUUUAACAUCAAUUUGUAAAAUCAAACGCCUGUUAUAAAGAAUAAAUGGCUACUUAGAUCAUGUGUACGGCAAUUUCCAUGAUCUGCCAAUCAAAAGCUUUUCUGUAGGACACAUCACAUUUUAUACUUCCCUAUUAGAAGCAUUGCAUGCACUCACAACAAAAUAGAGGAAAACAUUUGGAACAAGGAAAAUUCACUAUAAACCUGCUAAGCGGAAACCUUUUUUUCCAAAUUACUUAAUUGGAAAAAAUAUUUUUCUGUACUCUCGUUCCUCAUAGACUGUAAGCUCAUUUGUUUACGACCUUCUUCACCUCUUGUUUCUGUUAGUGUUUUGUAUGUCAAUUGCAUGUUGUAAAAUAUUCCUAUUCUAUAAUUGUGUAUAUAUUGCAGUAUGUUGGCGCUAUAUAAAUAAAAAUAAUGAUAUUUUAAAUUUUCUUAUCUUUUUUUUUUUUUUACUCAAAUCUAUCUUAAAAACUACAACCUAGAGAACGUUCUGUACAAAUAAAAUAUUUAAGUUUUUGCAUCAGCUCUAGGAGACCCCUUUUUGAGUUUCAAUUACAGCUACCUGAACAUUGUUUUACAUUUCUGUGCCACAUACAUUUGGAAAUAUCACACGAUUUGAAUCCCUUAAAUACCUUUGGUUUAAGAUCUGUCUGAGAUGUCAGGAACUGGAUUACCUCAUUUUUUAAACACUUCAUUGAGAAACCGGUGGAACUCCAUUAAACAGGUGUAGAACCAGGAGGAACCUUGAGAUUCAUGUAUGGUGUGAAUGUCAAAAGGUUUUGUCACUAGAGCUGACCCAAAACAUCAAAAGUGUUUCCAUUUCCUAAAACGUUACAUUUCCUUGGAGGAACACAUGCCCAGUAACACAAAAGAGGAGUAACGUUGACUCACAGACAUGAUCUAGUCUUGAAAAGAGGAGAUAUCUCUUCUAUGAGAAGAGGUGAUGAGGUCAGGUUCUGUUCCUUUGUCUCUGUUAAAAGAACUAUUCUAUGGCAUUCUCCUUAUCCCCUUAUUCUCACUUUCCUGGAUAUUUACACAGGUGAUCCAAGUCAUGUUAAGCCAUGUCUGUCACAUCUGGUUGGUAUUACGGUUUCUAAAACAAAUAAGUGGCCAGGAGCAAAAUUUAGAACAGAGAUAAUAAUUUAGAUCUCCCAUUAAAGCUACUUUGGGUUGGUGGGGGGAAUGUCAGAAUGCACUAUGUAUUAAAUUGACAUUAAAUAUGUGCUGAAUAAGGAUCUUUACAUUGUGAUGUUAUAGAUUUUGUAGAUAGAUAGAUACCAUUAUAGUCCCGUUAAACUACAUUAUGAAAUGAAUCUUCUACAUUUGAACAUUAUCUUUAGUUUAAUAAACUGAUAUUUUGUUGCAUUUUCCCCCCCGCAAGAUAGAUUUUAAAAUUGGAGUAUUAAUCAUGCAGUUUGUAUUUUCACAUUCCCAUGGGUUGUGGCCAAAUUAGAGUUUGUGGAUCACACUGCAUAUCUUGAAGUGAUACGAUGUGCAUAACUGCCAUCACGCUAAGUUCUCACCCAGUAGAUUCUAUUUGAGAUAUAUGAUAUUAUUCAUGCAUGGUAUUAUUUUCACCACCCAUUUCACGUCCCUGUCAUGUUUAGUCUAUCAAACUUCGCAGCAGACAUUAACCUGGUUUUAUUGUUCUAUUCUUUGGGUCCACGUAGGGUAAAGCAAACUGCUAGUGAUUUAUUAUGUGACAAACUCUAGAUAAAGUUUUUUUGUGUGUGUAAUACAUAGUCUGUGUGUUAGUAAUUAUCUUUCCAUACUCCCAGCAGCUUGAUCACAUAAAACUGAAAAUAAAUCUAUAUUUCUAAGAAUUGCAGUUCAGAUUAAUGAUAAUGAAUAUUAGUAACUCUAAAUAUAAAUCCCUACAAGGGACAUGAUGGCAAUGGCUUAGCUGGUGGGAAAGGUUAUCAGACUCUUCUUUUGGUUAUUAAAGCAAGAUUCCUCUCUGCGAGUUCCGCCAUGAUAAGAGUGGAACAUCGGGACAUCUUUACAAGAGAGAUGACUAUUGAGGGCUGGACACUUUCUUAAUGUCCUCGAUCCCGAGAUGCAGCUCUGCUUUGUAGUAAUUGUAAACUCAUUCAAAGAGCAUGUCACCAUUUUUCUGACCAUGUAUUAUUAUUAUUGCCAUUUAUAUAGCGCCAACAGAUUCCGUAGCGCUUUACAAUAUUAUGAGAGGGGAUUUAACUAUAAAUAGGACAAUUACAAAUAAACUUACAGGAACAAUAGGUUGAAGAGGACCCUGCUCAAUCGAGCUUACAUUCUAUAGGAGGUGGGGUGUAAAACACAAUAGGACAGGAAAUAGCAAUCAAAUAAGGUGGGCUGUCCUUUAGGAGAGGGCAAGAGACAGGUAUGUGAGGUAGGGGUUAGUCUUGGAGGCCAUAAGCUUUCCUAAAGAGAUGGGUUUUAAGGCACUUCUUAAAAGAUGCAAGACUAGGGGAGAGUCUGAUGGCGGGAGGCAGGCUAUUCCAUAGGAAGGGAGCCGCCCGCGAGAAGUCCUGCAAGCGCGAGUUGGCCGUACGGGUGCGGACAACAGACAGGAGGUGGUCACGGGCAGAGCGGAGAGACCGAGAAGGGACAUACCUAUGGAUCUGUGAGGAGAUAUAAGAGGGUCUAGAGUUGUUCAGUGCUUUAUAGGUGUGAGUUAGUGCCUUGAAUUGACUCCUAUAGUACACAGGAAGCCAAUGUAAGGACUGGCAGAGGGGUGAGGUGUGAGACUAGAGAGGAAAAUCAGUCUAGCAGCAGCGUUCAUUACAGACUGUAGGGGUGCAGUACGGCUUUUGGGAAGACCAAGCAGGAGAGGGUUACAAUAAUCCAUGCGGGAAAUUACUAGAGCAUGGACAAGCUCCUUGGUAGUAUCUGGUGCAAGAAACACCAUGUACAAUGGCUUGUGACACUACGUAUACAAAAUGUAUGCAAAUUGAAUUUAAAGUGAAUUGAAAAUUCAAGGUUAUGAUAAGUCGAUCUGGAAACUUUCUCUAAGUCAACUAUAAUUCCCGUUUAGCUACUUUGGACUUAAAUUUGAGAUUGACUUUGAAUUCUCCCUUUAGUGAAUGAUGCUGAUAGUGGUUACAUUGAUAGUGUACCCUACAUCAAUAGAGUAUAGGAUGCCAUGGGGUAAUAGAGUAUAGGAAUCGUAAGGUAUGUCCACAAAUGGACACUUGCAUUAUUUGGAGUCUAACAUCCAUCACCCUAACCAAACACCCAAUCACAACCUUAAGUAGUUCUUUAAUCUUAUGGUGAUGUUUUAGAUUAAACACUGUAAUUAUACUCUACUCUUAUGAAUGCAAAGGGCAGAGGAGAGAAUAUUUGAUAGAGUCCUAACCUCAACAUCUGAGAAAAGGGAUUUAGGGCUGAUUAUUUCUGAUGACUUAAAGGUAGGCAGACAAUGUAAUAGAGCAGCAGGAAAUGCUAGCAGAAUGCUUGGUUGUAUAGGGAGAGGUAUUAGCAGUAGAAAGAUGGAAGUGCUCAUGCCAUUGUACAGAACACUGGUGAGACCUCACUUGGAGUAUUGUACGCAGUACUGGAGACCAUAUCUUCAGAAGGAUAUUGUUACCUUAGAGAGAGUGAAGUACUAAACUGGUUCAUGGAUUGCAGGAUAAAACUUACCAGGAAAGGUUAAAGGAUCUUAACAUGUAUAGCUUGGAGGAAAGACAAGACAGGGGGGAUAUGAUAGAAACAUUUAAACACAUAAAGGGAAUCAACACAGUAAAGGAGGAGACUAUAUUUAAAAGAAGAAAAACUACCACAACAAGAGGACAUAGUCUUAAAUUAGAGGGACAAAGGUUUAAAAAUAAUAUCAGGAAGUAUUACUUUACUGAGAGGGUAGUGGAUGCAUGGAAUAGCCUUCCAGCUGAAGUGGUAGAGGUUAACACAGUAAAGGAGUUUAAGCAUGCGUGGGAUAGGCAUAAGGCUAUCCUAACUAUAAGAUAAGGCCAGGGACUAAUGAAAGUAUUUAGAAAAUCGGGCAGACUACAUGGGCCGAAUGGUUCUUAUCUGCCGUCACAUUCUAUGUUUCUAUGUUUCAAAGCGGUUAUGGUAUCACUCAGCUUUUGAAAUUUUUCAUAAGAGACAUUUUACCACUUUAUUUUGGUUGCUUACCUUGACAUGACUGAAUUGAGAAAUGGAAAAUAGGCAUAACUGUCAGCAAUAGUCCAAUUACUUCAUAAAAUGUGAUAGUAUUUUUUGAUUCUUAUUAUGGUCACUAAGUCCCACUUGAUCCUAAGCAGGUGAUCAGUUUGGGCACCCUUUUCACUUAAUACCUUCGUGCCUCAGAUACUCGCAUCUCCAGCCUUUCACACGUAUGUAAAAACAGUAAAUGUAGUUAGAGUCUAUUGAGGGUCUUUGUGUGAAUUCAGGGUUGAUAUUAAAUGUAAUGUCAGUGCAAAUAUAUCCUGCAUUGAUGCUGAGGAGUAAAUCCAGUGUGUGCUGGGGCCAGACCCCUCUCAGAAUCCCAGGCCCUAAGGUCAUAGGUCCCAUACCAUUGGUUUUGCUAUGUUUGGUAAACCUACCAUCCAACUAACAAGGUUUUUCUUCCUAUUUUUGCAGGUGAAGGUUUGGUUCCAGAACCGAAGGACAAAAUACAAGAGACAGAAGCUUGAGGAGGAAGGUCCAGAUUCUGAACAGAAGAAAAAGGGUUCUCAUCACAUCAAUAGGUGGCGAUUGGCCACAAAGCAACCCAAUGGAGAAGACAUUGAUGUUACUUCCAAUGAUUAGACAAAUGGAUUUCAAAAACUAGAAUAGAUUUCAGACUGCAAAUCACCCACGGACGUAACAGAGGCACAAAGUGGAAAACAAAUAUAAUAAACUGAGAAUCCGAUUGAGCUUAUCAAACACUGAGAAAAAUCAUUUCACACCUGUUAACAUGUAGGCCAGAAGUUGACCGGGGUAAUCAUCGGAAAUAGGACUCAUGCACUUGUCAUAGAAGAGGAGGAGGGCAGGUGGUCCAAACCUGCUGAUAACUCGUACAGACUUUUAUCAGUUGAACAUUGAUCACCAACUAAUGAGUACAAAUGUUCUCUUUCUCUAUCUUCUUUUUGGCCUCUCUUUUUCCCCUAAUUUUUUUUAAUUUAUUUUCUUUUCCUGAUAAAGUAAAAACAAGAAAAGCAAACAGUAGCUAUUACCAAUUUAGUGUGUAAAUGUGUG